ACGGAGAACGGCAGCGCCCUCCACGAGGCAGCUCUCUAUGGGAAGAUGGACGUAGUUCGCCUUCUUCUCGACUCAGAGAUCGACACCAAUCUGAGGGACUGCCAGGGGAGAACAGCUCUGGACAUCCUGAGAGAACACCCUGCACAGAAAUCCCAGCAGAUCACUGCCGUUAUCCAAGAGUAUAUGAUGGACGAGAUGGAGAGGACGAGUAUCAUGGAGGAGCCCAUCCGCAAGUGUCCCGUCCCUGCACCUCGAACCUCUGUCCCCUCGCCCUCUGCCUCCCCCUCCCUCAGACACAAGAAUGACGCUGUGACGAGUGAGCUGUCCAAACUGCUCCACGAGAUCAAAAAGUGCCGUGACAGGGACUACUCCUUCGAGGAGCUCUGCCACACCAUCUCCUCUCACUCCAUGGACAGCUUCGGCAGCGGGAGGCUCUCUGACGAGGAGCGGCCAGAUCGACCAAACGGCACCCUGACCCGAGUCGGCAAGAGACCGACCCCGCCUCUCGCCCCGGCCCUGGAGGAGGACGAGGCAGACAAAAGUUGUGGCCCCACGGGAUUCUGGGAGGCCCUGACACCCUGCAACGGCUGCCACAACCUGGGCUUCUCCAGCCUAUCACAGAAUUCAAAGCACUCCGCAGAGAUCGUCACGUCCCCGUCUCUGGAUGUCUUCCUGCCAGAGGACGAGGAAAACCCGUACGAGUCGGUGACCACAGCCGUCACGCGCAAACCCUGCUCGCUCGAUAUCAACCAGCGGCUCAACGCCUGCCCUCGCAACGGUCACGUGUCCAAUGUAGCGGCGAGUGAGGGGGAGCACAGUAACCAUGGCAACUGCUCGACAGGCCCGACUCCAGACUGCUCACCUCCCUCCCCUGACACGGCCCUGAAGAACAUCGAGAGAGUCAUCCGCCCACAGCCCAAGCAGCGCACCUCUCUGUCCUCGUCCCUGGACGUCCAGCGGCCGGUCAACCACAGCUGCGAGCCCAGCGAGGUCAGCUCGUCUCUGGGCUACGCCAGCUUCAGCACCAGCCCCCCUGCCAGCCCCCCGCUCAGCCCCAACCAGGAGGACUCUGCAGGCUCCAACGACGACUGUCAGCUCACAGACGACGGGCCGUACCAGCGGGACCAGCCCCCUCCUCCUCCUCCUCCUCCUCCUUCUCUCUGCUCUUCCUCCACAUCCAACGCUCUGCUGGAGGAUCGAAGGAAAAGCCACAUCCCAGAGGAGUUUGCCGGACUCCUUCAUGGAUCUUCCCCUGCCUGUGAAACCCCUGAAACGCCUUAUCAUCUGUACAACCCAAAACCUCGCAAAUAUGCCCCCGCAGACGUCCGGAGCAGCCUGCUGCAGAGCCCCGAGUUCAGCGUCGUGAUCGGAGGAGGCCCCACCACCCAGGUCACUUCCAGGACAGAGAGCGAGUCCUCGCCUCAGAGUAGUGCUCACGACCCGCAGAAGCCACAGGUGGUGUACAGAACUGUCUUUCACACAACCGUCAACCAGGACCAGUCCAAAACCAAGAAGCAGCUGGACCAACCUCGAGGCUGGUCUACGCUGGACCGCCCCCCAUCUUCAUACUCUGAUCAAAACGGGGAAGUUCCAGAGUCACGGGGCGUCCGCACAGGAGGUGUGCCCAAAGGCGGUGCGUCAGGAGCCGGCUCCGAAGAGAGGGCCUGCACCCUGGGGAGGAUGAGGUCCAUGCCCCGCAGCGUGUUAGACCUGCAGCUCUCCAAGUCUUUGUCCAAGUCUGAUUCCAACCUAGUAGCUGUGUCUCCCAUACAGGAGGAGCACAGCUGGGGGUCUGGAUCCCGUGGCCAGGGGCCUGGCAGUCCUAGCCCAGGAGAGGGGGCUAGUCCUGGGGCGAGACUGGAAAGAACACCCUCCUUCACUGCAGAAUGGGAAGAGAUCGACAAGAUCAUGAGCUCCAUCGGGGCGGGGAUAGGCAGCGGAUUGGACAUCAAGGGCAACGCCUCAGGUCCCCGCUGCCCUCUGCAGUCCGUGGGCCAGUGGCUCGACUCCAUCGGCCUGGUCCAGUACGAGAACCACCUGCUGGCCAAUGGAUUUGACAACGUCCAGUUUAUGGGCAGCAAUGUGGUGGAGGACCAGGACCUGCUGGAGAUCGGCAUUCUUAACUCGGCCCACAGACAGCGCCUCCUGCAGGCCAUACGGCUGCUGCCUCGGGUGCGACCUGUCGGCUACGAUGGAAACAACCCCACGUCGGUGGCCGAGUGGCUGGAGUCGUUGGAGCUCGGCGACUACACAAAGUCUUUCCUUAUCAACGGCUACACGUCCAUGGAGCUGGUCAAGAAGAUCUGGGAGAUCGAGCUCAUCAAUGUGCUGAAGAUCAGUCUCAUCGGACACAGAAAACGGAUCCUCGCCUCAUUGGGGGACCGGCUACACGAAGACACCCCACAGAAACCUCCUCGGGCCAUCUCCCUACGGGAGCCCGUAGGGAACCACACUCCUCCCCAGCUCAGCCCUUCAGUGGGCCAGGCGGCGUACACGGCGGGGGUCCCGGGCGGAUCUCUGGACGUGCAGCACCUCAUCAUGCAGGCGGACGCCCGGCGCAGGCAGCGCAGCAAUGACAACUACUUUGACGACGUGCCGCGAUCCAAGCUGGAGCGACAGAUGGCCCAAGUCAGCAUGGCAGGCGAGUGGUGCGAGCCCAUCACGUUGCGUCCACCCAACGAGGCCACCUCGUCCACCCCGGUGCAGUACUGGCAGCAUCACCCGGAGAAGCUUAUCUUUCAGUCCUGUGACUACGAGGCCUACUACCUGGGCUCCAUGCUUGUGAAGGAGCUGAGAGGAACAGAGUCCACACAAGACGCCUGUGCCAAAAUGAGGAAGUCGACAGAACAGAUGAAGAAAGUGCCGACCAUCGUGCUCUCUGUGUCCUACAAGGGAGUGAAGUUCAUAGACGCCACGAAUAAGAACAUAAUAGCAGAACAUGAGAUCCGUAACAUCUCGUGUGCGGCUCAGGAUCCAGAGGAUCUGUCUACGUUUGCCUACAUCACCAAAGACCUCAAGUCCAGUCACCACUACUGCCACGUCUUCACUGCUUUUGAUGUGAACCUGGCGUAUGAGAUCAUCCUGACGCUGGGCCAGGCCUUCGAGGUUGCUUACCAGCUGGCCCUGCAGGCCAGGAAGAGCGGUCACGGGUCGUCCACGCUGCCGGAGAGCUUUGACAGCAAGCCCAGCAAACCCGUCCCCAAACCUCGAGUCAACAUCCGUAAAUCUAUGGAGCAGCCGUCCAUGGACCAAAAGGGCCAUGCCAACGUGCCAUGGAUUGUGGAGCCGGGUCAGGAGGCCAAGAGAGGAGUCAACACCAAGGCAAUGCCGGACGCUCAUGUCUAUUACUGUGGAAUGCAAAGAAUGUAGCCAGCCCUAAACACGGACCUUGUCACACAUACAAUGCAAAAUGGACUACAAAGGACCCUCUUGCUCACUUUGCAAAGGACUACAAACAUGGACGCCAUUCCACAGUGUUUAAGGUUGACUACAGAAUUAUAACGUUCAUCCACAUGAUGCUUGACACAGUUAAACACACACACACACACACACACUAACAGGACUGCUUAUUGACCGACAACAGUCCGGUCUGAAUGUACACUUGUUUGAAAGCAGCAUCAACUUUCUUCACUACAACAGGAUCCGUUCAAUGUGCCCGACUGGGAGGCGUGACCUGUGAACAUUUGGGUGGGCACAGGGUCUCUAUAGAGACUGAGUUCGGUAUCAGGGCGACUAUUGGGCUCGCAAAGGCACCGCUGGGCAUGUGUCAGUGUUGGAAUGGGCAUGGGCUUGAGGACUUCUGGCCGGCUCCUUUUUUUUCUUUUUCUUUAAAGUCAGAAAAUAAUCCAGAGAUAUAUGCACAAGCGUUUUAAUGUGAUUGGACAGCUGCAACACCCUCGAGAUGCCACAGGCGUGUUUAUCAGGACGGAUGAUGAACCUAUGUGAACAAAACUGCAUCUGGCGUUUAAAAAAAGUAUUCUAUUGGUAUUGCCCGACAUUUUAAUGUUUAAUAUGAGAGUAUUAUAUUACCAUGAUGAUUAUGAUUAUUCUUGUGCAAUUCUUGUCUACUGUUGUCUUAAUGUUACAUUAUUUUUCUAUGAUAUGAUGAGAUAAAAAAAACCUUGGGCUUGAGAAUGAUGGUCAUCCUUUAAAAAAAAUAAAAUCUAAACCUAGAUGAUCAUAUACACGGAGAGAAUGUUGAAGGUGGCUCGCUAACUCUCGUCAGGUCAAACCCUCCAUCAUUUCUCAUGGGGCUCUACUCUUAUCUAGCAGAUGUACUAUUUUAAACGCAGUAUUACUGUAUUAUUUGGAUGAGACAUUAUCCAAUUAUAAAUGUACAUAGAUAUUUUGCCAACUCAUUGUUCAUAGAUGUAAUGUAAAAGAGAAAAGAAUAAAGGAUUGCAGUACAUGGCACUGGAAACAAGGUACCAAAAUAAAGGUUGGAGGUGAAAGAAGUGGUAGGUUGUAGAGAUUGUAUUUUGGGUGGAGACUGAAAGACUGAAACGGAUUAUUUAGUGACAUCACUGCUGACCAACUUAUGUACAUAGGCUUGGGCUUCCAGCACACUGAUUUUUGUAAUUUUGGCCAUUAUUUAUAUCCUUGUAAAGCACAUGGAAUAAACUAUGACUUGUAAAACCAUUA